AACGCCGUCUCCUAGCUUCAGUUGGCUCACGUCCCGCCCACCUGUAGCGGUUGUAUUAAACGCGCGCGACGACGCAGCGCCAGCAUUGCUAGCGCGGACACCAAGCACCCACCAGCUGCUCACCCGCUCACUGGGAUACAGUCAAAAUGCGUUUCCUCCUCGCCGCCAUGUUGCUGUUGUCAGCCAUCUUGUCGUGCGCCGCGCAGGCGCAAUAUCCGCGCCCGCGUCGCCCCGAGCGCUUCGAUACGGCGGAACAGAUCUCCAACUAUUUGAAGGAGCUGCAGGAAUAUUACUCUGUGCAUGGGAGAGGACGAUACGGCAAGAGACAAAUGCACAUAGCCGAUGCUUCAGUAAUAUUCAGGGAGAGUCCAUUUUUCGAGCACAAUCUUAACGACGAACCGGCCUUUAAAAACCUUGGUUAUAAGUAAAUAAAUAAAUAACUAAUAUACUUAAAUAAUAAAUAAUAUACUAACAUUGUUAUUAACAUAUUCCCGAGCAAAUGAAACUGAAUAUUUUUAAUGUUAUUUUGCUUAUCUACAGAAUUCAUGCUAGUUUUCAACUGUGAUUUGAUUUGUUCUUACAAAUUAAUAAUAAUGAGGUUAUUUUUCAAAGAGAUGGGUAUUUAUAGACUUAUUUUUUUUAUUAAUUUAA